AUGGGUGAUUUGGUCGCCGAAAAAAAUGAUCGGUACGAUUCUUCCCAAAUCAGUAAUUUUUUUGGUGUGGGAAAGUUCGCCAGGGGCUUGCUCUUGGCAAUCGCUCUAGUCACGGUGACCUUCAAAUGUACAUUGCUCAGAUCUCGCGAAAUCGAAAACCCAGUGGACAUUAUCUUGGACGCUUUGCAAACCAAUUGCGCCGCGGAAUGGUCUCGUAAGUACACUUCUGAACCACAUUUACCGGGCACCAAUUUCGGGCUUGCUCAGUGGACGAAAGACAAGUUCGACGAGUACGGCUGGAAAACCGAAAUUGAUACCUACGACGUCUAUGUUAGCUACCCCGAGGGCCACGACUUGAAUCUUCUUGAAAAUGGCGAAUUAAUUUAUAAAGCUCCGUUGAGGGAGGACGCAAUUCCCGAAGAUUCCACCAGCGCGGGAAACGACACUGUACCCACAUUCUUGGCAUAUGGGGCCAACGGCAAUGUCACUGCCGAAUACGUCUAUGCUAACUAUGGCACCAGGGACGAUUUCGCCAUGUUGAAGAAACUAAAUGUAGACAUCACAGGCAAGAUUGUUGUCGCACGCUACGGAAGCAUCUUUCGUGGAUUGAAGGUUAAGUUUGCCCAGGAGAACGGCGCCAUCGGACUCUUGCUUUACAGCGAUCCUGGGGACGACCAUGGUAUUACUCCAGCAAAUGGCUAUAAGCAGUAUCCACAUGGGCCAGCCAGACAAGAAUCCUCUGUCCAAAGAGGUAAUGUUCAAUUUGCCGGUGGAGUAGGUGCCACGCCUGGGGACCCCACUACUCCUGGCUAUGCCUCCAAGGGCCUUGUUGAGAGAAAGGACCCACAUACAAGCAUUGGGAGGAUCCCAGUGCUACCCAUUUCUUAUCGUGAAGUAAAACCGAUCUUGGAGAAGUUGAAUGGAAACGGGAAAAAAGCACCCGAGGCCUGGGUUGGGGAGCUCGAGGGUUUUGAGUACAACAUUGGCCCCAGCCCUAACGUGACUUUGAACCUAUAUUCCAAUCAGAUCUAUAAUAUCACCCCCUUGUGGAACGUAUACGCAGAAAUUGAGGGGGAGAACAAGGACGACGUCAUUAUCAUUGGCAACCAUCGCGAUGCUUGGAUCAAAGGCGGUGCUGGCGAUCCCAACUCGGGAUCCGCCGCCUUGAUUGAAAUCGCAAGAGCCCUUGGCUCGUUGAAGCGAGCGGGGUAUAAGUUCCAAAGAACCAUCAUCUUACAAAGUUAUGAUGGCGAAGAGUACGGGCUUUUGGGCUCGACUGAGUUCGGCGAAUAUGCUGCCAGAAGAUUGCAGAAGAACGUCAUUGCUUAUUUAAACAUGGACUCUGCUGCCAUCGGCCGGCAUUUGAGGUUGAAAGCCUCACCUGUUUUGAAUCGAGUGUUGAGAAAAGUUGCAAAAUGGUUGCCAUAUCCGGGAGAGACAGCCGACUCUCUCUACGACCAUUUUUUGGGAGAGCGGGGAGACAGAAUUCUUAAUUUGGGAUCCGGCUCUGACUAUACUGUUUUCUUGGAGCAUUUGGGUAUCCCUUCUGCUGACAUCAGCUUCGUCCAAGGAAAGGGUGAUGCUAUUUACCAUUACCACUCCAACUACGACUCUUAUGACUGGAUGGAGAAGUAUGGUGACAAAGGUUUUGUUUAUCAUAACGUGGCUGCCAAGUACUUGUCGCUUAUAGCGUUGGAUCUCACCAAACACAAAGUCAUUGACUUCUCGAUAUGCGACUAUGCGAAGGACCUAGUGACUUACUACACUCAGCUUGAACAAGAAAUACCCAAGGAGUGGUACCAUAAGCCAGUGACCAACAGAGCCACGAGGGAAUAUCUCAGUGGCGAAGAGCAAAACGAAAAGUUCAUUUCGGAUAUCAGUGAGAAAGUGUUUUUCACAAAGGAAAGAUACGUGUUCCCCGAGUUGAUGACUCCGGUGCAGUGCUCACAUAGUAAACGAGUGAAUAUGCUCCGCCCCGAAAGCCACGGGAAUCUUACUUUUGGAGACGUUUUCUGGCACGCCAAGAAAAAACUAGAAGAAUUUGUGGAAGUCGCAAGCAACUUUGACGAAACUAGCGAGGCCCUUCAGGCCCAAUACAACAAAAGGCACGCUAUGGCAUGGUGGCUGCGCAUCAAGCUCCAUUUCCAGGUCUUGCACCAGAACAUGCUCCUCAAAUACUUCGAAAGGAACUUCUUGUACACAGGCGGACUACACGAGAGAAGCUGGUUUAAACACAUUGUGUUUGCGUCAGGAAGGUUUACUGGAUAUGCCGGUCAGACGUGGCCAGGAAUCAGAGAGGCUAUCGAAGAUGAUGAUAUAGACAGGGCAGUCAAGUGGGUAGGACUUGCAGCCAAAGCAGUGAAGCGCGUGGCCGUUCAGAUGAGGUAA